AUGGCAGGUUUUCUAUUUCAAACAAUGUCAUUCCUGUUGAACCAUGUAUUGGACAGAAUUAUCUUUGAGUUUCUACUUAAUCUUUGGUUUUUCUUUUAUGUUGUCCAUAUGGAGGCUAGUAUAAGACUACAGAAUGAGCUUCAGAGUUUCCAAAAACAAAAAUGCUUUGGGUUUUAUGCAAAGCCAAAUCCAAACAAUAUCUUUCAGUGGAAGUGUCAGUUCUAUCACAAGGGAUAUUUCUUCAGUCUUUCGAUGAUCUUCACAAAGGAUUAUCCUUUAUCUCCACCAAGAAUAAAAUUUGAUGAAAAAGUGUUUCAUCCUAACGUGUUUUCGGACAAUUCAAUCUGUUUGGAUAUUAUUUCAAGUAAAUGGAGUCCUUCAUUGACCAUAAAGGAUAUUUUGAAUGGCCUAAAACAACUACUUGAUUUUCCAAAUCCAAAUAGUCCAGCAAAUACUGCUGCUGCCAGUCUUUAUUCAUCUGAUCUUGUAAAAUAUGAAGAAAAGGUAAAAAGCUUCAAUGAUAAGUAUCACACUCAAUAUAAGCUAGCAAACUUUAGAAAAAUUAAGAAAUAG